CUCCAACCUUUCAACCAACACCGUAGAAAGUUCACCACAAUAAAGUCUGCGCAUGCGCAACAACAACGUCACGUGAUUUAAUUCCCUUACGCUAACGUCUGCUGAUGCGCUUUGCUUAAACUAAGGCUUAGGAGACAAAGUCUGGAAAAAAUUAACAAAUUUAUUUCGUACAUGCAUCCCGUUGGUUUGAUCUGAGGAAAUGACAUCUUUCAUCAUAAUCACAUUAAAGAACUGCGGGCGAGAGGAGUGAGCCUUUGCUUCAGAACUUCGAUUACAUCACGCUGGCCAGAUUUUGAAGCAUCAUCAGUUCAAACUACGUCAUUAUAUCUGCCAGAGUGAAAAUGAUUCGGAUCCCAUCCAGCAAGCCAAGAUCUGCCUCAAGUUGUUUUGUGAAACUGUGUUACAAUUCGAUAUGGCAAACCUAACCAGGAAAUAAAAGUGUUUGAAAAUGUGAUCAUUCGAUUGUUAAAUAAUUUCUACAGUGAUUAGUUAACUGAUUACUAUAAAAAUGUAAUCAGUAAAGUUUUUACUUGAUUUCAUAUAAAAGAGAAGUUGAUCAAGAAACAUGGAUAACUUGACAGUAUAUGACGUGACUACCGGGAUACAUUUGCUGGGCCAACCCACACGAAGUCCAGUAACUGAUCUCAACCAAUCCUACGGAGCCGUCAGCCGAACCUACAUCUUCAACACCACCAACACCAGCAACCACCCCAACACGACCAGCAGCGGCGGGGUUGUCAACGUGACGGACAACCCGCACUGGAGUCUGACUGUGUACAGCCACGAGCACCUCGUCAUCACCAGCGUCAUCCUGGGGCUGUUCGUUCUGUGCUGCAUCAUCGGGAACUGUUUCGUCAUCGCCGCCGUCAUCCUAGAGAGGUCCCUGCAUAACGUGGCCAACUAUCUGAUCCUCUCCCUAGCCGUGGCGGACCUCAUGGUAGCCGUCUUGGUCAUGCCGCUCAGUGUCGUCUCAGAGAUCAGCCAGGUCUGGUUCCUACACUCAGAAGUAUGUGAUAUGUGGAUAUCGGUGGACGUCCUCUGCUGCACGGCAUCGAUACUCCAUCUCGUGGCCAUCGCCAUGGACCGGUAUUGGGCUGUUACCAGUAUCGAUUACAUCCGCCGACGCAGCGCCCGCCGAAUACUCCUGAUGAUUACCGUCGUGUGGAUCGUCGCUUUGUUUAUCUCUAUCCCGCCUCUGUUUGGUUGGCGCGACCCAAAUAACGACCCCGCCCACACGGGGAAAUGCAUCAUCUCCCAAGACAAAGGCUACACGAUCUUCUCCACUGUCGGGGCUUUCUACCUGCCCAUGCUCGUCAUGAUGAUCAUCUACAUCCGGAUAUGGCUGGUCGCGAGAUCGCGGAUCAGAAAAGACAAAUUUCAAAUGACGAAAGCGCAUCUGAAAACGGAAGAAACAACGCUGGUCGCUUCGCCGAAAACGGAAUACAGCGUCGUCAGCGACUGCAAUGGAUGUAACUCUCCGGAUUUGACGGCGGAGAAAAAGAAACGCCGCGCGCCGUUUAAAAGUUACGGUUGCUCGCCGCGCCCGGAGAGGAAGAAAAACCGCAACAAAAAUCACACUCCGGAGCAGACGAACGGCGUGAGUAGCAACAGCUCUAGUUCGGAGCGGCUGAAGCAGAUUCAAAUCGAGACGGAGGCGUUCACGAACGGCUGCGCGGAGGAAUCGAGCAUCGCGAUGUUGGAGAGACAAUGCAACAACGGGAAGAAGAUCAGUGCGAACGAUAACACCCCGUAUUCUCGGAAUCGCGAGAAGUUGGAACUGAAACGGGAACGGAAAGCCGCCCGCACCCUGGCAAUCAUCACUGGCGCUUUCCUCAUCUGCUGGUUGCCGUUUUUUAUCAUCGCACUUAUCGGUCCGUUCGUGGAAGAUGAGGAAGAGAUCCCGGUGUUUGCUCGUAGUUUUGUGCUGUGGCUCGGCUACUUCAACAGCUUGCUCAAUCCCAUCAUUUACACCAUUUUUAGUCCCGAGUUCCGCAGUGCUUUCCAGAAAAUUCUGUUCGGGAAAUACAGGCGGGGGCAUCGAUGACAGUGACUCGAGCACGGUGACAGUGACAAGAGCACAGUGACACGUGCAUAAUGACACGGGCUUGGUGAAAUGGGCAUAGGGAUACGGGCACAGUUAUACGUGCGUAGUGACAGGUUAUAGGGACACGGAUAUAAUGACACGAGCAUAAUGACAGAGGCACUGUGACUCGGGCUUAGUC